AUGUCGAGUCUACCAAGUUCUUUAAAAAAUUCCGAACCUCAAGACAGAAAUUCAAACCCAAACCACAAAAAUGCACAAAUUCCGAUCUCUGAUUCACCGCGGACACCGUCAAUUGUGAAGCUGAGGAAGAUCCCUCCCAUUCCGUUUCGACAUAGAGCUGAAACUUCAGAAGAUGGCGAUGAAGAUGAAGGUUCUGAUGCUGAAUGUCACCAUGAGGAGGGUGUGGAAGAGGAGGAGGAGGAUGAAGAUUCUAUAAUUCGGGCUUCGACUCUUGGUCUUAAUCCCAUUCGAACCCGGUCGCUUCCAUCGCCUCUUCGAUUCUCAUCUUCAUCUGGCGCGCCUUCCAAACUUAAGAAAGACAAAGUCGAGUCUCACCCCAAAUCAGACGCUUCUCAUCAGACCACAACAUCCAGCGAACUAGGUAAAAAGGUUCAAUGGAGUCAAUCUAAAUCAUUGAGAGGACUGCCAUCACCACUCAAUCCAGGGUUGGAGGGUAAUCAUGCAGCUUUUGCAAAGGAAAUUCAAUCACCACGGGUCCAGGCUAUACUGCGCGUCACAAGCGGACGCAAAAAGAGAGCCCCAGAAAUCAAGAGCUUCUCUCAUGAGCUCAACUCCAAGGGAGUGCGCGCUCUUCCAUUCUGGAAGUCUCGUGCAUUUGGGCAGAUGGAGGAGAUUAUGGUAAUGGUCAGGGCAAAAUUUGACAAGUUAAAAGAUGAGGUUAACUCUGAUUUAGGUAUAUAUGCAGGAGAUUUGGUGAGUAUACUCGAAAAUAAUUCAGAGCUUUGCCUUGAAUGGAAAGAGAGUUUGGAGGAUUUGUUGGUUAUAGCCAGGCAGUGUGCAAAAAUGUCACCUAACGAAUUUUGGUUAAAGUGUGAAGGCAUUGUUCAGACUCUAGAUGACCGCCGUCAAGAGCUACCAAUGGGUACCCUCAAGCAAGCCCACACCCGCCUUUUAUUCAUACUCACUCGAUGCACUCGGCUCUUGCAAUUUCAGAAGGAGAAUGGUUAUGAAGAAGAUCACAUUCUGGCUUCUCACCAACUUAGUGAUCUUGGAGUCUAUCCAGAACGAAUUCUUGGGGUUGCAAAUCAGGACUUCAAUAGCUCACUGGGUGGAAAGGAAAUGAGUGAGGGACAAAACCAGAAGCCUCAUGGAUGGGACCAAAGCAAUCUUGGCUUUAAACAAGAUCAAGUAAAACAAAACUUGGGUGGUGUGGUUGACGGCGUGGAGGUUAGCACUGCAAAAAGUGUCACUUCAUCAACUGGCAGCUAUAGGAUGUCAUCUUGGAAGAAACUUCCAUCCGCAGCUGAAAAAAACCGAAAAGGUCCUGAUUCUGUUGACUCUACAUAUAAGGAUAAAUCUAACAGCCUGCAACACAAAGAUGAAAACACUGGGAUUGAAGUUAAUGUUGAGACUCUUGAUACACCAGUAUGCCACCCUGAACAUGCAGAAACAAACUUGAAAGUACGAAAAGUCACUUGGGGAGUUUUUGGGGAUCAACAGAAUGUAACAUAUGAAAAUUCAUUUAUCUGCCGUAUAUGUGAGGUUGAAAUUCCCACUGUCUAUGUAGAAGAGCACUCCAAAAUUUGUACAAUUGCUGAUAGAUGUGAUUUAAAAGGCCUAACUGUGAAUGAACGACUUGAUAGAGUUGCAGAAGCCCUUGAAACGAUACUUGAAUCUUGGACACCAAAAGGCACAGAUACUGCAGUGGGAAGUCCUGACAGUGCAAAAGCGUUACCUGAAGAGUUGGAUGAGUUGUCACCUAGGCAAAACAGCUUGUCUCAUGGAUGCUCCAUUGACAUGCUAGAUUGUGUUCAUGAGGCUGAUACAGCAUUUCUCGUGGAUGAUCUGGACAAUUUGCCUGAUAUGUCAUGUGAAACACGUGGCCUUUUUACACCAGAUCUAGGUAAGAAAGGCUCAUCAGCAGGAAGCAUGACACCACGAUCACCUUUGUUAACCCCACGGAUGAAUCAGAUUGAGUUGCUAUUGAGUGGACGGAAAACAAUAUCCGAGCAUGAAAAUUAUCAGCAGGUAUGUGAUUAG